UAAAUAACACACAUCAACAAUUAGCUAAACUCUUUUGGCCUUUUGACAUUUUUAUAACAGAAAUCUUUAUGUAUUGAAAAUAAGCCUAUGAUAACUUAAAGGUGACUUGAAAGGAAAAGGCUUCGGACCUGAAAGUACUCUUUUGAUAAGCAUUUGAAUUUGCGAAUUUUAUAAAAGAAACAUGCAACCGUGGUUUCUUUAUGUUUCAUUGAUUCUACUGGGCUUUCCAGCAAGAGUAACAGGUUUCAGGGAAAAAAUUUAUGUCUUAUAUGCAUGUCCAUUGUCAUUGUCAUUGGAAUCGUAUAAAGCCUUGUCCAGGAGAGGUAUUCGAUACAAUAGUAGAACAUAUGCUCCGUACGGCUUAAACCAUACGUAUAUAGCAAUAAAAUCUACAUGCUACGACUGGGGAACCUGGAAUUAUCCUAGGAGGAUCAAUUGUAUGGACGAAGCCUUGUGUGAUCAAAACAGAACAGCUAUAACAUUUGGAUUUACAACAUGUGCUCAUAGAAUCUCUGAGUUUGAAUGUGCCUGGAGAAAUGUGGGAAGAGAUUUUGACUGGAAUUCAUGGAAUUGCCAGGUAUAUACCGACAAGAUGAAGGAAUUCCUAGAGUCGUGCGACGCCACUUCACUUUUUUAAUUGUUAGAGGAAAUGGAAAUAAAAGUCAACGAAAGUGUCGUUUUGAUAUAAACCUCUUUCAGCAGUCAUUUUAUUUUUAUUGCAAGCGUUUUUAAGUAUAAUAUUCAAUCUUACAUAUUAUAAAAUAACAUGUACCUGGAGGUACGCUGGUUUUAAAAUUAUUUAUAAGUAUCACAAUGCUUUUACGCCGCUUGUCAUAGAAUGGUAUUUACUUGUCACAUUAGUCUCCGUGAUAAAGGUCAUAUUAACACACCUGUGGAUGUUUCUAAAUUCAAAAUUUCAUCAUA